CGAUAGUACAUCUAAAUUCAUCCAAUCCCUACCAGAUGACAGAACAUCGGGACGCUGUGAUGAUAUGCUCUGUGAUUGAUGCUAAUCCCAUCACUGGAAUCACAUGGACAUGGAAGAAGACUAGUAAUUCUGUGAUUCUGAGUCAUGAGGCGACCUACACAAUCCUCAGGAUAAGCAGAGAUCAGGCUGGUGACUACAGCUGUACAGCUACUAACACUAUAGGGAUAUCUACACCAGUCACAGUACAAGUAGAUGUACAAUAUGGUCCUGAUGAUGUCAGAUUUACCCCAGACAUAACAACUAUGAAUAAAACAGAAAAUCAAACAGCCAAUCCUGUUGAUUGUUCCGCAGUAUGUAAUCCUGCGUGUACAUACAAGUGGACAGGUGUGAGUACAAUUAAUUCAGGAAGACUAGAUUUGGGAAUGCUGAAACGUGAUGAGAGAGGGACCUACUCAUGUACUGCUAGAAACUCAAUCAAAUCAACCUCAAGAAACCUCAAUGUUAUUGUUAACUAUCCACCAAGCAUUGAGUUAUUCCAGGCCAGUGGUCAAAACUCAGAAUAUUUGCCCUUUUCACUAAUAUGUAAUGUAGACAGUUAUCCCUUGUCCGCCAUAAAGAUUCAGAAUGUAGAGACAGGGGAGGUAAUAGCAACCAGCAGUGGACAGGAUUCAUUGGUUUUCUCAGAGACAUCUGCAGAGUGUUACCAAACUGCAAACUACACGUGUAUUGCUGAGAAUUAUUUUACUGCGAUAUUAUCUCCAAAGCAAAGGAUUUCCAUUACUUGUAAGCCACGGACUUCAGAUGGCAAAGCAAGAAUGAAUAUUGGAAUAAAAACAAAUGAAGGAUUGAAUGUAUCAACAGAUUUCAUUGGAUACCCUCUACCCAAAGUAUCAUGGACAUUUAAAAGAAAUUCAACUAACAAUGGAAUUCUUAUCCCUAAUGCAAAUAUAACAGUUUUACAACUAAAUGUAUCAGCUGUUCGUACAGCGUAUGUCAAAAGUGCUUUGACAGAAGAGGAGUUUGGAAAUUAUAUAGUUACAGGACACAACAGUGCAGGAUCCAAUGCAUUUAUUUUUGAUGUGAUGCCAGAAAGAAAGCCAGAUCCUCCACAUAGUAUAUCAGUGAAUUGCAAGCUUGCUCCAGGAACUGCAGUGGUAAGAUGGUCACCAAGUUUUAAUGGUGGGGCACCACAACAAUUCAUUGUGUCUUAUGAAUCUACUCGAGGUCAUCAAAUUAAUUCAUCAGUCUUUUCAAAUCCAAAUGGAACAAUUGAAGGUUUACUAGGUGGAAUGCAGUAUUCCUUUCAAAUCAUUGCAUUUAAUGACAACGGAGAAACAUAUUCUGAAGAAGAGGAAGAGUGCAUAACACAAGGUUUGCCAGGAACAGACAGUCAUCAAACAGAGGUAGAUGUCGGAAGUGUUAUCGGGGCUGUUAUUGGAUGUGCUGCUCUUCUCAUCGUUAUCCUUGUACUUGUCAUCUAUCUUAGGAAGCGUUAUACCUGCAUCAUAAUAAAAUUAGAGAAAAAUAACAUGUAUAAAGAUAUAAAACCAGCGAAUGCUUUGACAGAGCCAAAUGUACAGAGAGAAAGAGAUGUUUACGAAGAAAUAACAGGGAGGGAAGAUGGGAAUCAGUAUGAAGAUCUUUCCACUAAAGGAAAAAAAGAAAUUGAAAUGCAACCUUAUGAAAGCAUACAGGGAUCCAGUGGUGAAAAUAAAUAUGAAAAACUUUCAACAAUUACCGAUAAGCAAGAUCACGACAACAAAGAUGAGACUUACUACAACUCCAAGACUUCAACACCUGCUGACGUGUACAUCAACACGUCAUUUCAGAACUAGGAAUCUAGCAUGAAAUCCAGACCAUCUUUUCAUGAAAAAGAUACAAUUUGUAACUAAUAGAGAGACGCAAUGUUUAGCAAAUUUUAGAUGUACAGUGAUUCAUUGUGUAUGCCUUUAUUAGGGGUUAAGUUUAGAAAAGAUGGGAAUGUUGUGUUUAAGAAAUUUUGGAUAUACUAUGAUUGGUUUUCUUUAUAUAUCGAUAAAGCUUCAAGUAAUCUUGGGAAAACACUAUGUUUAAUAAGUCUUAAAUGAACAUUGAUUAAUUGUGAAUGCCAUGAUGCAGAUUUCAUCUUACUGGAAAUGUUUUUCUAUCUCUUGAUUUUGCCUUCUCGUAGACAGUUUAACAUUUCCCUUUUGAAAUCUUUUAGAAAGUAUCUGUCUGGUUUAGGUGUAGCUAAAUUAACAUUACUAAGUUGAUGCUUAAAUAAUUUUGGGGGGGGGGUACAACUUUUAUUUCCAUAUGAAUAUAUACACUAUUAUACAUGUAUAUGAAUAUCUGAUAACAAAAUAUGAGUAUAUAGUAUCAUAAUGACACAAAUAACUCUAUGUCAACCAUAUCUAGACCAUUGACAAGAAUUAAAGAUCAUCAAAAAUAAAAGACCAUUUCUUCCAGUUGGUAUUCAAAUCUACAAUUUUAUUACUUUCAUAUGCAAUUGUUUUAGGCUCUUAACAUACUCUUUAUUUCAUUUACCAGACUUUGUAUGAAUAAGUUAUUAUUUGAACAUCUCAUUUUAUAUGUAUAAUGA